AUGAAUGGUCAUGGCAUCAGGCUGGGCCGGAUCAGGUCACCUGGCACGAUACACUCUGGAGGCCGCCAGUUCAGGCUGACUCUAAGAACUGAGUUCUUCCUCACCGAGGCAUCAUCAGCCUUGUCCAUGGGAAAUACAUCUUUUGUUUAUGGGAUGAAACUACAAUCCACAUUCCAUCCCACUGGUUUGCUGGAACUCUGCAUACAACACCGGACCCAAUUCGAAAAAGAAGGAUUUGCCCUUGGAGUUCUAGGUCACCAGCUAGGACCUUUCUUUGCACCAGUAGCUUAUCUGUCGAAGAAGCUAGACCUAACCACCCAAGGAUGGGCAUCCUGCAUACGUGCUUUAGCAGCUGCUGAGCUUCUUAUCCGUGAGUCAAAGAAACUAACCUUUGGGUCACCCAUCACUGUCUUCUCUCAUCACAACCUGUCCCAUCUCCUAACCUAUAGAGGCUUACAAACUCUACCUCCUUCCCGCGUUCUUUCCCUCCAGGUGGCAUUAGUAGAAGAUGCCACGCUUACAUUCCAAUCUUGCCCACCCCUUAAUAUCUCAAAUUUUCUACCUCAACCUAAUGCUAACUAUUCUCCAACUCAUUCCUGCAUUGAAACCUUAGAGGAACUAUUGCCCCACCCUUCACACAUACAGGAAGGCACACUACCUCAGGCCACCUAUACCUGGUACACAGAUGGCAGCUCCUUUUUACAUGAGGGGACCCGUAAAGCGGGCUAUGGCAUAGUGUCAGACACCAGGGUGGUAGAAGCACGGGCACUUCCUGCCCACACUACUAACCAACAGGCUGAAUUAAUAGCCCUCACCCGUGCCUUUCAAUUGGCACAGGGACAUUCUCUAAAUGUUUACACAGACUCUAAAUAUGCUUUUCAUAUCCUCCUGUCCCACGCAGCUAUUUGGAAGGAACGUGGGCUACUUACUACAAGAGGAGGAUCCAUAACUAACUCAGAUUAUAUUAUGGCUAUGCUAAGGGCCUCUCACGUCCCCAAAGCUAUAGGAAUUAUUCACU